AUGGCAAACCAAGUCUUCGCAGUUACUGUCUUCUUCAUCUGCUUCCGAGAAUGCCUCGAGAGUAGCAUUAUUGUCUCUGUCCUCCUGGCCUUCCUCACCCAGACAUUAGGUGCCGAAGGGAACCGGGCGAACCUCAAGCGACUGCGUAAACAGGUCUGGUGCGGCGUCGGCCUGGGUCUCUUCCUCUGCCUGUGCAUCGGCGCAGGCAUGAUCGGCGCCUUCUACGGCCUCGAAAAAGACACCUUCACCAACACCGAAGACAUCUGGGAAGGCGUCUUCGGACUGAUCGCGUCAAUCAUUAUUACCAUCAUGGGCGCGGGCCUGCUGCGCGUGAACAAGAUGCGCGACAAGUGGCGCGUCAAGCUCGCAAAGGCCCUCGAGUCCAAUGAGAAAUCCCGCUCCUGGUCAGGUCGUCUGAAGCACUGGUCGGAGAAGUAUGCCAUGUUUGCCCUUCCGUUUAUUACCGUCCUCCGCGAGGGUCUUGAGGCGAUUGUUUAUGUCGGUGGCGUGGGUCUCGGCCUCCCUGCAUCUUCCUUCCCCCUGGCUGUUUUCUGCGGUCUCCUUGCUGGUGUUGUGGUGGGAUAUGUCCUGUAUCGAGGCGGAAGCUCCGCCUCCCUCCAAUACUUCCUCGUCAUCUCCACCUGCUUCCUGUACCUCGUCUCAGCGGGCCUCUUCUCGCGCGCCGUGGGCUACUUCGAGACCAACGCCUGGAACGCCAUCAUCGGCGGCGACGCAUCCGAAACCGGUUCGGGCCCAGGCUCCUACGAUAUCCGGCAGAGCGUCUGGCACGUCAACUGCUGCAACCCGGAGCUCAACGGCGGCGGCGGGUGGGGUAUCUUCAACGCGCUUUUUGGAUGGACGAACUCGGCGACGUAUGGCUCGGUGAUCUCGUAUAAUCUGUACUGGAUGGUUAUUAUUCUGAUGUAUCUUUGUAUGCGGGCUCAGGAGCAGAGGGGCUAUAUCCCUGUGGUCACGGCUGCUGUGAAGAGGAUUGGUCUUGAUCGGUUUAGGACGCGGUCGACUUCUGGGAGUGGAGAGGGCGCCGACGCUGUUGAGCAGAGGAAGGAGGCUGGUGGGGAUAUCCCGUUGCAGGUGGUUACGAGGACAUUAGAUGAGGCCUGA